AUGGCGCCUACUGCGAGCAACCAAAAUUAUUAUACUGCACCGAGUACCGGACUUAGUAAGCGCUUUUUGAUCUAUUAUCAGAACGUACGUGGCUUGAGAACAAAGACUGCAGAUUUAUUAAAUAGCACCUCUGCGUGUUGGUAUGAUCUAAUGGCGCUUACUGAGACAUGGCUCGAUUCGUCAAUAUCUGAUGGUGAGGUGGUUGCGGCUGUGUACAAUGUCUUUCGAGCCGAUAGAGAUUUUCUAAAUACGGGAAAAUCACGAGGUGGGGGCUGUCUGAUAGCCGUUAAUAAAAAGUUUAAUGCUUUUAAAAUAGAUGUAAAUCAAAGUGUUGAUCUUGAACCCGGUAUAGAUAUUGUUGGUGUUAAGAUUGUAUUAGAUUUCUCGUCAAUUUUAGUUUUUGCUGUAUAUCUUCCUCCUCCAGUAUCUCCUGAAACUUUGGAAAAUCUGUUUGAGUGUCUAACAUCCCUUGACUGCAUUUUUGGUAAUAAUAUUUGCAUAUUGGGUGAUUUUAAUCUACCUAAUUACGUUAACUGUAACAAUUCUCAAGAUAAGCAUAUUUUAAUACUGCAAAACUUUAUAACUUUUCUUAAUUGCAAUCAAAGCAACUCUAUACAAAAUUCAAAUAACAGAAUUCUUGAUUUGGUCAUAAACAAUAAUGAAAAUUGCAUAGUGGAUAAAUCUUUGGAUCCGUUGUUAACCGAAGAUACUCACCAUCCUGCUCUUGAUAUUUCGUUAAAAUAUUGCCACUCUAUGAAUUUCAAGCGUAAGACACUUUUUAACCUACAAAAUGCAUUUAACUUUAAAAAAGCUAAUUUUCCUAAUUUAUAUGAUGCCUUUUCAAAAACUGAUUGGUCAUUUAUGGAAGCUACGGUUUCUGUGGAGCAUCAGUUUAAGGUCUUUUAUGAUUUAAUAUUAAAGGAAUUGGACAGUUUUGUACCAAAAUAUCCUAAUAUACCUAGGAGAAAUUUUCCACCUUGGUUCACAAAUAGUAUUAUAAGGGAUAUAAAGCUUAAGAGUUUUCAUUACAACAAAUUUAAAAAAUAUGGAAGAACCGAUGAUAUAAACACGUUUAAAUUGUUACGCAAUAAAUCUAAAAGAGAUAUAUCUAAAUCUUACUAUCAAUACGUUUCAAAUGUGGAAAGCAGUAUCAUAAAUAAUCCUAACAAAUUUUGGAGUUUUAUAAAGAAUAAAAAAAAUACAAGAGAUAUUCCUAAAGAUAUGUUUUACAAGGACACUCCUAUAAAGGGCACCCUUGAAAUAGUUAAUUCCUUCGCUGACUACUUUAAACGAUCUUUUUUAAAUAAUAAUUUACACCCUAAUUCUCAUCAUACCCCAAAUAACUCUCUUAAUAUAAAUAUUUCUUGUUUUUCAGAACGCGAAGUACUCAAUGCUUUAAACAAAUUAAAACCUAAAUUUACAACAGGACCGGAUCUUAUUCCUGCAUUUAUUAUUAAGGACUGUAGGCAUAUACUUGUAAAGCCUUUACUUGUUUUGUUUAACAACUGUCUUUUAUCGGGGUCUAUUCCCGCAUUAUGGAAAGUUUCCAAGGUUUGUCCUGUAUUUAAAAAAGCACGGAUUUUUUAAAGGAAGGUCUACGAGCACAAACCUUUUGCUUAUAACUCAGAAUAUUGCUGAGGCAGUUGAUAAUGGGGAACAGAUGGAUGUUAUAUACCUGGAUUUUAGCAAGGCUUUCGAUCAAUUGAAU